UUUGCCUGAGGAGUUAUAAAUUGCAGCAACCAAUAUCCUCCCUCAAAGUGCCUACCCAAACAAGAACCAGAUCCAUCUUCAUCUAGCUACCAUCCACAGCUGACUCUGCCAAAAACUUCACAGCCAUGGGAGAGGAACUGAUUCUUUUGGACUUCUGGAGCAGCCCUUUUACGACGAGGGUGAGAAUAGCCCUAAGAGAGAAAGGGGUGGAGUUCAAGUCCGUAGAAGAGGAUCUGCUCGGCACCAAGAGCCAGCUGCUGCUAGAAAUGAACCCUGUGCACAAGCAAGUACCCGUCCUCAUCCACAACGGGAAGCCCGUGUGUGAGUCAACCAUCAUCCUUCAGUACAUCGAUGAAGUCUGGAGAGAUAAAGCAACUCCGCUGAUGCCCUCCGAUCCAUAUGAGAGAGCCAACGCCAGGUUUUGGGCUGACUACAUUGACAGAAAGAUAUAUAGUACUGCAAAACUAGUCUGGACGAGCACAGGUGAAGUCCAAGAAACAGCAAAGAAAAAUAUUAUAGAGUGCUUCAAACUGUUGGAGUCAGAGCUUGGUGAGAAGCCUUUCUUUGGGGGAAACAGCUUUGGGUUGGUUGAUGUGAGCCUCAUACCAUUUUCAAGCCGGUUUUAUACCCUGGAGACGUGCGGCAACUUCAGUAUGUCUGAUGAGUGUCCGAAACUGGUUUCAUGGGCGAAGAGGUGCAUGGAGAGGGAGAGUGUGUCUAAGUCUCUGCCUGAUCCGUACAAGGUAUAUGACUUCGUCAUGGGCCUCAAGAAGCAGCACCUUCAAUCUCAGCAAAAGAGUUAGUUUGCAUUCUGUCAUGCUACUUGUACUAUGUUUGAGAGACCUUAUGGCCUUGGUGUUACUGCUACUACGUGUCUUGGCUCCCGCCCGCCGGUUAGCCUUUCCUACACACGCACACGCAUGCAUGGAAUUUUGGUUUGCGUGAAGUUUUUCCCACAAUUGCAUGUAACAAGUCACAAAUAUAAGCAAGACAACAUAAGAGUCUACCAUUGUUUCCCUGACAUUUCUACAAUAUUUAUUUCUCACAUGUAAUCGGUGGAUAGUUCAUAACUAAAUAUGUACUCUGGGUUAUUGUCUUAUAUAUAUAAUCCUGAUGUACUUAUGGUUUUGUUAUAUUAAAUAUAACAAAUACCUGUUCUCAUAAUGAAUCAUGUUGUUUGUCAAUUUUGA